UUUUUUUUGUUUCACGUCUCUUAUUUUCUAAUGACCUUUGAAAUUAGUCAGAAAUCAAAUUAUGUUGCUGAUAACGAGAAAUCAGAAAGUGAAGCUGUUGAUGAUGUUGAAGAUGUAGUGCCUGGGCUAUAUGAUGAGUGGGAGAUGAUUCAACGUCCUCUCUCCUUGGGCAUCUCCUUCAGUGGGGCUGGCUUCCUCGGCAUCUACCACUUCGGAGUCAUAGCUGCACUCAAAAAACACGCAAACAGCCUGGUCAAUAAAAUCAGCCGAUAUGCCGGGGCCUCGGCAGGUUCGCUGGCUGCGUGUAUUAUGGCAGUCGCACCAGAAAAGCUAGACGACGCAAAGACAUUUCUAAUAGCCACAGGGGAACACAUCAACCAGCUCAAAAGGGGACCUCUGAACAGAGAUUACGACAUCAUGAUGGACCUGGAGACUUAUCUGAGAAAGUCUUUGCCUGAAGAUGCCUAUGUGAAGGCAGAUGGCAGGCUCUUCGUAUCUCUCACGUCUGCAGUGUCCAUCUCCAAAAUAUCGAACAUCGUGUCAUCAAGCUAUACAUCCAAUGACCAUCUCAUCCAAUGUCUUCUUGCCUCUUGUUAUAUCCCGAUGUAUGCCAAAUCAGAUGCACCCUCCCUAGAGCAUCCGGACUCAGAUGGGAUCCACCGGACGACCCGUAUGAUCGACGGAGGCUUCACGGACAACCUCCCGCUCUUCCACGACAUACCGACUAUAUCAGUAUCUCCAUUCAGCGGCAACACCGAUAUCAGCCCUAACGAGACGAAGGGUUCGCCUCGGCUGCUCUUCACCGUGAACAAACUACCUGUUCACUUGAGUGCGUACAAUAUCAGACGGGGUGUUCACGCUCUGUUUCCGCCCCGCAAAGAGGUGCUAAUUGAAUACUACGAUUUGGGGUUUAGUGAUUGUGUCGAUUAUCUAAAAAGAACUAAGGAGUACGAUAAAAUUUAAAUUAACAGAAUGAAAAAUAUUCUAUUUGAAGUGCAAUUCUG